AUGGAAGUGUGUCCUUAUUGUAAGAAGUCAUUUAAACGAUUAAAAUCCCACUUGCCAUACUGUAAGAUGAUAGGAACAACCAUACCUACUGAUCAAAAAAUCUCUCAUUCAAAGCCAUCUACCCAUCCACGUGCCAAAAAAGUAACGGAGCUGACCAGAGACCUAACUGAAACCGAAGGGAAUGAGUUUAGGACAAAUAGUGAGGAAAGAAAUGUGAAAUUGAGAUGGGACAAACCAGUACGAACAAUUGCUUCCUGUCUACAACUAGCUGUUGGCUUGGAAAGAGCAAGUACUACAAAGGCAGAUAAAGACAUAAAGGAUCAAAAUCAGCUCACUGUCAAAAUGUUAAAACACACUGAACCAAAGAUUACUUUCCAAGGAGAAACUAAAGCUCAGUUUUAUGCAUCAAAUGACAAUUCCAAAAGAGAACUUGCCAAACGUUUGUCUGUAUCAGAGGGAAGUAGAUGUAAUCCUUCAGGAACAGAAGCACUGUUACUGGCUGGCUCAGUGGAACCUUCUUUGUUGAAUCAAGAUAGAAAAUAUUCCUCACCUGUACCUAAUGAUAUAUAAGUCAUAUCUGCAAAUUUGAAACUGGACACAGUUGACCCCCAAAGACAGGGGCUUCUAGUAAAAUUACUAGAUAUGCCUACUGGUGAUCGCCAUCAGUCUCCAAGGAAUCUCACUAAUAGGGCUCAAAAAUUAACAGCAGGAGUGUUGAGCAAGGAGAGAGAUUCCAGAGGCAGAGGUCACCUCCCAGGAGUCUUCACUGGCAUUGAAGAUGCUGAGGCUCAGAAAAAGAAUUCGGAAUCACUCAUUUCAGGCCUUCGUAUUAGUCCUUUAGCUAAAAUCCAGGUUGAGGAGAAUGAAGAAAAAAGACUUGGCGUUGGAGUAGAGGGGUGUGGGAGCAAAGGAAAUGCAGAGAAAAGUAGAUUUGCAACAGAGAUGCGGAGGUAGGAUUCUGUGAGCCAUGACUCUAAGAACUGCAGCUUUGGUGAUUCAGCCACAGAAGAGAAAUCGGAAGAUGAAGGUCUGCUUUUAAAUGUGUAUCCACAGGAGGCAGCUUACAGUGAGUUUCUUCAUGUAUUGAAGUCAAAUAGUCAAAGUCCUGCCUCUCUGGCUAUGGAAUCUCUUCAAGAAGAGAAAGCACAAUUCUGCAGUCAUGAUCAAGCCCCUGAUGUAAAGUUAUUAGGGGAAAGCAAGGAGCAAGCAUCUCUGGAGCCCAGAUCUGGCUGUCAGCCCCAGGCUUUGUACACUGGGUGUCAGCAGGCUAUACCUUCUGCCCAGCAUCACCUUUCUGAAAGCACCUUCAUUAAUCAUGUUGGUGCCACAGACAGAAAGAGCCUUCCUAGCUCCACUGGGCUGGAGUGGUUUCCAGAUUCUGGUUAUCUUGGACUAGGAGUGUUGGUGGAGAAGCCUUAUUAUUGGAACUCAGUGGCCCAGAAGCCUCAGCUCACCGGUCCUCAGUGGGGAAGUCUCUCCCAAGGCUGGAUCCGGUGCAGCACCACCCUGAAGAAGAGUGGAAAUGGUAGCAUCACGAUGCUCUUUACCAGAUUCUUCACCCUGUGCUGCAGCUGGAGCUUCAGGCAUCUGAGGCGGCAAGUUGAGCUCCUGAGCAAGUCUUCCAGCAGUGUGAUAGAGAUUCAGCAUGAGACUCCAUGCCAGCAAUCCAGGCCACCCUCCCAUCAUCAUGUGGAAGAGUUCUGA